CCACUCAGUUCAGUUGCCAAUCCGACGCCAUGGCUGAUCCACGCACCACUUUCGGCAGCCCUUUGGGCCUUCUGAUCCUCGCCCUGAUCCUCACCAGCGGCGAGGCCUCGCCCCAAGGCCGCAUUCUGGGUGGCGAGGACGUGGCCACCGGGGAGCACCCCUGGUCCGCCUCCAUCCGCCUGAACAAGGCGCACGUCGGCUCCGGCGCCAUCAUCUCCGCCAGCCACAUCCUCACCGCCGCCCACUUGGUCUCCAGCGUGGGCACCACUCCGGUGGAUGCGGACGCCCUGGCAGUUCGCGUGGGCAGCAUCAACCAGUACGCCGGCGGGAGCAUCGUGUACGUGAAGAGCGUGACCAUCUUCCCCUCGUACGGCAACUUCCUGCACGACAUAGCCCUUCUGGAGCUGGAGCAGCCGCUCACCUGGUCCGAUCGCGUGGCGGCCAUCACCCUGCCGACCGUCGAUGAGGAGGCGACGGAGUCGGAGGAUCGGGACGAGGAGCUGCCCAACGGCACGCCGGUCUACGUUUCCGGCUGGGGCGAGCUCUCCGAUGGCACCGCCUCGUACAAGCUGCAGAAGGCCAACUUCAACACGCUGAGCAAAGCGCUCUGCGAAUACGAGGCCGGCUACGGAUACGAGUCCGUGGUGUGCCUCUCCAGGGCCGAGAGCGAGGGCAUCUGUCGCGGGGACGCCGGUGCAGCCGUCGUGGACGACGACCAGGUGCUCCGCGGCAUCACCAGCUUCAACUUCGGUCCCUGCGGCAGCAAGUACCCCGAUGUGGCCACCAGGGUGUCCUACUACCUCGCCUGGAUCACCGCCAACACCCAGGAGGAGUGAAAUCCACAAUAAUCCAUCUUCACACCCACUGAAAGGAUUACCCCCUUAUUUUUUUGUACAUUUUUUUUUGCCGUGCAUAAAGUGUGUUUUCCCAAUCCGAAAAAAUAA